AUGUCCGAGGCCAAGAAUGGCCCCGAGUACGCCUCCUUUUUCGCGGUCACGGGCGCCUCAGCCACUAUGGUCUUCGGCACCCUGGGUACCGCCUAUGGUACAGCCAAGAGUGGCACCGGCAUGGCGGCCAUGUCCGUCAUGCGGCCAGAACUGAUCAUGAAGCCCAUCAUCCCAGUGGUCAUGGCUGGUAUCAUCGCCAUCUAUGGGCUGGUGGUGGCAGUCUUCAUCGCUAAUUCCCCGAAUGAUGGCAUCAGCCUCUACAGGAGUUUCCUCCAGUUGGGUGCUGGCCUGAGUGUGGGCCUGAGCGGGCUGGCGGCUGGCUUUGCCAUUGGCAUCGUGGGGGACGCUGGUGUGCGUGGCACCGCCCAGCAGCCCCGGCUAUUUGUGGACAUGACCCUGAUCCUCAUCUUCGCCGAGGGGUUCGGCCUCUACGGUCUCAUUGUUGCCCUCCUCCUCUCUACAAAGUAG